GUUAAUUUUGAUUAUUUUCUCUUAACAGGAACUGGAAGAGGCAUUGUUAUUAAUACAGGUGAUAGAACAGUAAUGGGUCGUAUUGCAAACUUAGCUUCUGGACUCGAGAUGGGAGAUACUCCUAUUGCUAGAGAAAUAGCUCAUUUUAUUCAUUUGAUUACUGGUGUUGCAGUCUUCCUUGGUGUUUCGUUCUUUGUAAUUGCUUUUAUUUUAGGUUAUCAUUGGCUAGAUGCCGUAAUAUUCUUAAUUGGAAUUAUUGUGGCUAAUGUGCCUGAAGGGUUGUUGGCAACAGUAACAGUGUGUUUGACAUUAACAGCAAAGCGUAUGGCUUCUAAAAACUGUUUGGUAAAAAAUUUAGAAGCUGUAGAAACAUUAGGGUCAACAUCUACUAUAUGUUCAGAUAAAACUGGUACUUUAACUCAAAAUAGAAUGACUGUUGCACAUAUGUGGUUUGAUAAUCAAAUUAUUGAAGCAGAUACAACAGAAGAUCAAUCAGGGGUGCAAUAUGAUAAAACUUCUUUAGGAUGGAAGGCUUUAUCACGUGUAUGCUGUUUAUGCAGCAGAGCAGAAUUUAAGCCUGGGCAAGAAAACAUUCCUGUUCUAAAGAGAGAAUGUACAGGCGAUGCUUCUGAAUCUGCAAUUUUAAAAUGUAUGGAAUUAGCUACAGGAAAUGUUGUAGCUUACCGUCAACGUAACCAUAAAGUCUGUGAAAUUCCUUUUAAUUCAACAAAUAAAUAUCAUGUGACAAUACAUGAAACAGACGAUCCUAAUAAUCCUAGCUACUUACUAUGUAUGAAAGGUGCUCCAGAAAGAAUUUUAGAAAGAUGUUCUACAAUAUUUAUUGGUGGAAAGGAAAUACCACUUGAUGAUGAAAUGAAAGCAGCAUUUAAUGAUGCAUAUUUAGAAUUAGGUGGAAUGGGUGAGCGUGUUAUUGGUUUUUGUGAUUUUGAGUUGCCUCCUGAUAAGUAUCCACCUGGAUAUCCUUUUGAUUCGGAUGAACAAAAUUUUCCAUUAAAAGAUUUAAGGUUUGUGGGAUUGGUUGCUAUGAUAGAUCCACCUCGUGCUGCUGUCCCUGAUGCAGUGGCUAAGUGUCGUAGUGCAGGUAUUAAGGUAAUUAUGGUGACAGGGGAUCAUCCUAUUACAGCUAAAGCAAUUGCUAAAUCAGUUGGUAUAAUUUCUGAAGGAAAUGAAACAAUAGAAGAUAUUGCAGAAAGAUUAGAUAUCCCAGUAGAAAAUGUUAAUCCAAGAGAUGCUAUGGCAGCAGUUGUGCAUGGCGGUCAACUUAGAGAUAUGUCACCGGAACAAAUGGAUGAUCUUCUAAGAUAUCACACUGAAAUUGUGUUUGCUCGAACAUCUCCCCAGCAAAAAUUAAUUAUAGUAGAAGGUUGCCAAAAAUUAGGUGCUAUUGUUGCAGUAACAGGAGAUGGUGUCAAUGAUUCUCCUGCUUUAAAGAAAGCUGAUAUUGGUGUGGCAAUGGGUAUUGCAGGAAGUGAUGUUAGUAAACAAGCAGCUGACAUGAUUUUAUUAGAUGACAAUUUUGCAUCUAUUGUUACAGGAGUUGAAGAAGGAAGGCUUAUUUUUGAUAAUUUGAAAAAGUCUAUUGCUUAUACUCUUACGAGCAACAUCCCCGAGAUUACUCCAUUUUUAUUAUUUAUAUUAGCAAAUAUUCCUUUGCCAUUAGGAACUGUUACUAUUUUAUGUAUUGAUUUAGGCACUGAUAUGGUUCCUGCAAUUUCUCUAGCCUAUGAAAAACCAGAAAGUGAUAUCAUGAAAAGACAGCCACGUGAUCCCUUAAAAGAUAAACUAGUAAAUGAAAGAUUAAUAUCUAUAGCUUAUGGUCAAAUUGGCAUGAUGCAAGCAGCAGCAGGAUUUUUUGUUUAUUUUGUCAUCAUGGCUGAAAAUGGCUUUUGGGCUUCAACUCUUUUUGGAAUUCGUAAAUAUUGGGAUUCGAAAGCUGUUAAUGAUCUUAGAGAUUCAUAUAAUCAAGAAUGGACUUACAAAGACAGAAAAAUCUUAGAAUAUACCUGUCAUACAGCUUUCUUUGCAUCUAUUGUUGUAGUCCAGUGGGCAGAUUUAAUAAUUUGUAAAACACGAAGAAAUUCUGUAUUUCAUCAAGGGAUGACAAAUUAUGUCCUGAACUUUGGUUUAAUAUUUGAAACAGCAUUAGCAGCCUUUUUAUCAUAUUGUCCUGGAAUGGAUAAAGGAUUAAAAAUGUACCCAUUAAAGAUCAACUGGUGGCUGCCAGCACUGCCAUUUUCUUUGCUCAUUUUUGUGUAUGAUGAAAUUCGUCGAUUUAUUUUGCGUCGUCAACCUGGAGGAUGGGUAGAGCAUGAAACAUAUUACUGAGGAUGGCAUUAUUCGACAUUCUCUUUCGGACUUUUAAUCAUGGGACUAUCAUUCCACAAUCAUCACUCUGUUCAACAUGCAUAUACCUUCCAUUAGUUGUAUAACAUAUAGAGAUGAAAAGAGUAGGAGAAUCCAUUCUGCCUAUGCCCUGUGUCCUACAGCACUACUAAAGAGGAGAGAGCUCCUUUUAGCAACACAGGGUUGAAAUCACUUAGGUAAUAAUCAAAUA